AAAGGGAUGGAGAAUGAGAACCAGACGAUGAUUAUUGAAUUUCUCUUCACUGCAUUCCCCCAUUUCCAAGAUGGUGGCUGUCCUUUCUUCAUCCUCCUGCUCUUCAUUUACCUAUUCAUCAUUAUAGGGAACUCCAUGGUUUUUGUUGCUGUCGUUCUAGAUGUUCGUCUCCACACACCCAUGUACUUCUUCAUUGGUGUCCUUGCUUUCCUGGAGAUUUGGUACACCACAACCACCAUCCCAAAGAUGCUCAUCAACCUAGUUAGUGAUCAAAAGACCAUCUCCAUAGCUGGUUGUCUCCUGCAGAUGUACUUCUUCCAUUCAAUUGGCAUAACUGAAGCUUAUCUCUUGACUACCAUGGCCAUUGAUAGAUAUCUGGCCAUCUGUUAUCCCCUCCGCUACCCAACCAUCAUGACUCCACAACUUUAUACUUCGCUGACUUUGGGCUGUUGCUUCUUUGGCUUCCUUACUCCUCUACCUGAGAUUACUUGGAUUGCCACACUGCCAUUUUGUGGUCCAAAUCAAAUUCACAACAUCUUUUGUGACUUUGACCCCAUACUGAACCUAGCUUGUGUUGAUACCAGCUCUAUUAUAUUAAUUAAGGUUGUGGACAUUAUCCAUGCCAUGGAAAUCAUCUCAGCCAUUACAUUGGUUAUUUUGGCCUAUAUCCAGAUCAUUGGGGUGAUUCUGAGGAUCCGAUCAUCUGAGGGGCGCCACAAGGCCUUCUCCACCUGUGCCUCCCAUCUUGCAAUUUUCUUGAUCUUCUUUGGGAGUGUAGCUCUCAUGUACCUGCGCUUCAAUGCCAAAUAUUCCUUUAUUUGGGACACUACUAUUAGUCUGAUGUUUGCUGUGCUAUCUCCUUUCUUCAACCCCAUUAUUUAUAGUCUGAGGAACAAGGAGAUUAAGGGGGCCAUCAAAAAAUAUUUGUGUCAAUUAAAGAUUUUUACAUGCUAUUCCACUUAA